GCUUGCUACCAGCUGAAAGACGUUGCCUUGAAUGACCCCGUCAGCGGAGAUAAAACCUGGUGAGGAGGAGGCAGGGGGCAUUCUGUCAUGAUGGCGUUUGUCUGGUGGUGUGUGCCGCUCCUGAGCCUGGUCGCUGCCGUGUCAGUCAAUGCAGACCUGACGCUGGACUGCAGGCCUGAUUUUGUGACGCUGGUGUGGACGGAGCACAGACCACAUGUUGACACUUCAUUGUUCCGUCUGGGGAGCUGUUUUCCCAGCAGCACCACAGCCAGGGAGGCGGUUUUCAGCGUUUACUUCACUGACUGUAACUUCAGGCAGUUGGUCACGGGGAAGACUCUAAUGUACUUCACUGAGUUGUCUUACAAGCCGUCCUCUGACCCUCAAGCUUCUCCGGAAUCUUAUCUGAUAGUCUGUGAAUAUGACAGGCCUGAACGCUGGAGCCCGGAGUACAGUCUGCCCGAGUUUGACACCUAUGAUCAAGACGCGCUGGUGUUCCAUAUUGGGCUCAUGAAUGCUGACUUUUCAGGUCCUGCUGAAUCUACAAGCUUUCCCCUGGGCUCAAUCAUCCCCAUCAUGGCCAGUGUGGAGCAGGGGUCCCAUCAGCCCUUGCUGCUGCUACUUGAAGAAUGUGAAGCCUCCACCACACCAGACCUGCGACCUGGAAGUAGCUUAUACACUAUAAUCUCCAAUAAGGGCUGUCUUGUGGACAGCAAGGAGUCGCGUUCACGAUUUGAACCUAGAGAAAACUCUUCAGAAAUCAAACUCUCCCUUCAGGCCUUUAGGUUUGCUCUGGGGGAAGAGGUGUUUAUCCACUGCACUCUGGUGGCUUGGGACCCCAAUGGUCUGGACAAAACCAAGAAGGCCUGCCACUAUGUGAAAGACCAGGGAUGGAACUUGCUGGACAAUCCUUCAUAUAACAGUUUGUGUGACUGCUGUGGUUCUACCUGCAAGAGCAGGAAGAUCAGGAGUUUAGAAUCUGGUAUCUAUCAUGACACAGUUCCUGGUGUAGUUUAG